CAAAAAGUACAUAAUCCCAAUAGGAAAACAUUAUUGAUUUAGACUAAUUUUAGCAGCGAUAUGAGAUAAAUACGUAUUCAAUUGAGUAAAUGAUUUCAAAUUAAUGUUCUAUACGUGCAAUAAAUGUAUUUACCUGUGAUUUAAGUGUUUAAAAUAGUGUUUAAUGUUGUAAAUGAUUACGUCGUUUUGUUUUCGUGUUAAGAAUGGGCAACACAAGCAAAAAGCUGGCGUCCCAAUGCGGCUUACUCACCAAAGAAGAGCAGAAGUAUGUUGGCAACACAUUCAAGGCGGCCAGCAAGAACUCCGGCAGAAUCCGAGAGGAUGACCUCAUCGUGAGUGGGCUACUAGACGCAGUGUUGUUAGAAAAACACUGGGGUCCCCUAAUAGACCCGCGGCUGGCGCAAUACCUGUCAAACUACUUAUUUGACAUGGGUUCGCAAAAAGCGGUUACCUGUGACUUCACUCGCUUUGCAGAGCUAUAUGUUUAUAAUGUUAGAGGUUCGGUAGAUCAGAGGAUGAUGGUGACGUACAGAAGUUUAGGCAACUACAGCGAAAACGACGAACUGCCGUAUCAAUUAAUUAAAGAGUACUGUGAAGCAAUAGCGUCCACGUACAUAAAAGUAUUGAAGACCUCAGGCGGCAAGCGCGCAGAAAAAUGGAUCGACAAAGGUUUCCGGGGAAAAGCGGCGGCCGUACAAACGUUAGGAGAAGCUGUGGCUAGCGGUGUAGGUUCAGAUCCUGACUCACCCCCGCAAGCUGUCACUUCAAAACAGCUAUCGAAUUGGCUCAUGACAGAUACCCUACUCAAGCACAUGACAGAGAUGGUAUACACGACUUUGUACGGAUUAGAGCGGGACCACACUAUAGAAGACGGCGCGCCUGUGACCGCCGUGCCGCCAUUGUUACCUAUGGUUUACGGUUUGGACUCAAUGCCGGAUUACCCGGCGUUCAUCGACUUAUCCCAUAUCGUGUGGCUCAACAACAGUAUACCACCUCCGCUGCAGCACAAGUGGCGUUUUCUGUUCUCCUCGCACAUACACGGCGAGUCCUUCGCUACCAUGGUCGGCCGCAUCUGCGAUCAAGGUGCCUCUAUAAUAAUCGUGGAGGACAACCACGGCCACAUCUUCGGCGGCUUCGCCACAGACUCCUGGGAGAUGGGGCCCAACUUCGUAGGCCGGGAAGACUCAUUUCUCUUCACCCUGGCUCCUAAGAUGAGAAUCUACGGCUCUUCAGGAUUCAAUAAUCAUUACCAGUAUCUUAAUCAGCAUACGAAAACACUUCCUAACGGAUUGUUAAUGGGCGGUCAAUUCAACUUCGGAGCCAUCUGGAUCCCAGCCGACCCCUUCGGGGAAGGGUCUUCCGCAGAAUCCUGCACCACCUAUCGUGGCUACAAGCGGCUUAGUAAAGAAAAGGACUUCCGUAUAAGAAGCAUAGAAGUGUGGGCUGUUGGAGACAAGCCUGAGAGCGAUAAGGAAUCGGGCGAACGUGACGCCAGCAUCCUAGACACGAAUCCAGAAGCGAAAGCCAUCCUCGAAAUGGCGGGCAAGACUCGACACAGCGACGGUGUUCGUGAGCCACCCCCGUUAUAAUGCGCCUUAUCGACUAGAUCCGGAUAGCGGCAACUUUUUUAAACGCAGCGCACUUUCCAUACGCGGACAUGGAUGACACAUUUUUCUAUGUAAAUGUUUUUAUAACCGCUUAAAGCAUUGUUUAUAGUAAAAUCAGUAGAUGUAGUAAACAAUGUAAACAUGGCUGGUCCCAAUAUUUAUAAAAAAAUACAACGCACAAUUUGGUAAUAUGCAAAUCUCAUAAUAUUAGUAUAAUAGAAUUUGUGAACUUUUCAUGCUUGUAAAUAAUCAUUUUCUUCUUUAUAUAAUUUACAACUAAGAAAUAAUUAAAACAUGAAGCUUAGUAGUUUAUUCCAAAAGAGAAUAAAAGGCGGUCUUAUGGAGAUUAGAAAUAUACCUCUAUUCUCCCUGGGCGGUCUCACUGAAAUAAUAAUUUGACGCAACUUUGCAAUACUGAUGGUGAAUUAUAAAGUAACAUGUACUUGUAGUGACAGCUGACCCUUUCCUAGAUAGAAACCUGUUUUGCAAGGGGGUCAUAUAUCUAUGCAGCCUUAUUAACCCUUAAUUGCAUGGUAUCUUAUAGGUUUACUUGCAAAAUGAUAUAGGAAGAAUUGAAAUCCACGUCAGUUUUAAACUGUAUGACAAAAUCUCAUAUAGAUGUAUCAUUUUAAUAGUAUCGUGUUUAAUACCAUAUGCUUCUAAGGGCUAUGUUAUUUUAUUCUAAUUUAAUUUUAAUACAAUUUACAUUAGCUUAUAUUUAUUUUUUAUAAGGCAUCUUGUUUCUUAGGUAUUAUUUUUAUGGAAGAUAUUUUUAGCUCCUAGUGAUAAUAGUUAUUUGUUUUACAAGGGGGCAAAGUUGUUGUUUAACCGCACGUGCCAAUAUUGAUACCCGAGCUAGCGAAAGAUUCCAAUAUUGAACCGCGAGCGUAGCGAGUG